AUGAUCGUAGAUCUUGGGUUCAACAAGAAGCCCCCACAAGGAACAACACAGCACGACCUCAUCCUCAAUUCUCAACCGACGCCGGAACAUAUAACAACUCGCAAAUUUGAAUUUUGGAGUCAUGAGGCGAGACGGGCCCUGAUUGGUGCCUACAUCCAGUCAACACUGUGUGCACUCAUGUGCCGAAAACAAUCACCAAUUGCGUAUUCCACGUAUAUGGAGCAAUGUGCAUUCUCCCUCCAAGAGGAUAGCGAGGUGGACACCGACAAGACGCUGAUACACUUUAUUAAGCUGCUGCGAAUUAUGAAUGAAGUCUACAGCGUUUUCGAAUAUGGUGACCCUGACCAUAGUCUUUCUAUGGGUGAUUAUAAGGUUCAAAUGGUUGUAAAAGCUCUCGAAGGGCAACUCCAUUCGUGGCGGGAAAGCCUGCCACUUGAACUAUCCCAACAUGCUCAACUUAACACAUGGGGUGCCUUGGCAGGGGCAUACGCCCAUGAAAUUGGGCUUCAUGGAAAUCUUCGGAGCCACCCCUUUUCUGCGAUCCGGGUGAGCAUCAUGUUCGAUUGUCUAACACAUGUGGAGGACUACAUGAAACGUGCCUUGGAGAUCUCAGCGGAUGACAUGGAAACAUGGACUGCUUUUGACUGGCGACAGCUUACCUAUACGAUCAUGCUGGCAAGCAAAAUUUCGGUAUCAAUCGAUGUGAUUGCCUCCGAUAAAGAAUCCACAGCCCGCAUUGCUCAGUUGGAUUCAUACCUCGGGGUGGUAUAUACACGAACCCAGAGACUGUUCUCGAUGACCAGCACACCGCAUGGUCAGACUCAUUACUUCCAUAGGUUAUUGAAUCAGUGGAAAGGUAUCCGGAGCUGGUACCAGACAGUAAUCCAGAAGAGAACCACCACCCACUUCAACGAGCAAUCCAGCCGAUUUAUCGGCGAUCCAUCGGUCCGAACCUCGCACGAUACUUCCAACCAAAUCCAAGUGACUCCAUUUCGACCCUCGCAGACUUUGGAUUCUUGGCCUGAUGAUAACUUUGGAUUAUUACCGAUAUCGACCGCUGACUUCAUCAUGCUUGAAUCUCUCGAAUACCCAUAG